AUGGUUCGUCACAAGAAGGACUUCAAGUCCAACAACAAGUACUCGAACCGGGGAGGAAGGCCAAAAGGCGCGGGCCCACCACGUGCCCGCCGUGACUCCGGCUCCGAAGGCGAAAACGAUGCGGAGAACCCUCGCCCAAAGAAGCCCGAGUUCAAGGCUGCAUGCUGGGACCUGGGACACUGCGACGCAAAAAGAUGCUCAGGAAAGAGAUUGAUGCGUUUGGGAAUGAUGAGAGAGCUACACGUCGGUCAGAAGUUUGCAGGCAUCGUGGUCAGUCCUAAGGGCAGGAAGAUUGUGUCACGAGAGGACAAGGAAUUGCUGGAUCAAUACGGCGCUGCAGUUGUUGAAGCAAGCUGGAACAGGAUCGACGAAGUGCCCUUUGGCAGGAUCGGUGGCAAGUGUGAACGCCUGCUGCCAUAUCUCGUUGCUGCGAACCCUACCAACUACGGCAAACCUUGGCGACUGAAUUGUGUCGAGGCUCUCGCCGCAUGCUUUUAUAUCUGUGGUCAUCCGGAAUGGGCGGAGGAGAUACUCUCGACAUUUUCGUACGGUCGAGCGUUUUUGGACAUCAAUGCUGCGUUGCUGAAGCGCUACGAAGCAUGCGAAAACGAAGAGCAGAUCAAGAAGGCCGAGGAAGUCUGGCUGGCGAAGAUCGAGCAGGAAUACGAGCAAAGCCGAGCCGAGAAGGAGGAGGGCGCUGAGGACGAUGUUUGGGCGGGCGGAAACCAGAACAGGAGAGUCAUUGACGAGUCAGGCGAUGAAGAGGACGACGACGAGGAUGAUGGAGACGACGACGAAGAUGAGGCCGAUCCUCAGAAUCCUUACGGUCUUCCUGAAUCCGACGAUGAUGAAGAAGAAAUGGCGGAGUUGCGCCGACGCGUUUUAGCAUCGAAGCCGUUUGCCAAUCCCACGCCGAAAGACUAUGACGACGAUGGUGAAGACACGAAGAAGGCUCCUGAACGUAUACCACGUAUUGAGCCUGCACCUGCAGAAGAAGAAAAUGCCGACAACAGUGAUGCGUCAAACAACGAUGCUGCGGAUGACGACGAAUUCGACUCUUUCAUGAACGCACAGCCUACGACAGAUAGGACGGGGAUUGCAGGCAAGCAGCGGCAGAAGGCGUUAGACAAGCAGACAGCUACAUUCUCGAGUGGAAAGGUUAGCGCUCCCAGCCGACAGGGCUACUGA